GUGCUAGCAUAGCAUAGCGUAGCAUAGCAUGGCGGACCUGACUAGCUGAAAGCAAAAAGGUAGCAGGACAUGACUGGAGCUCUGCAAAUACUCAGUGCAGGACUGUAAUUCUUCGUCAUGCCGAGCUGUUUCAGAAGACUUUUAUUUGAAUGAAGGCCGGCGAGGAGACCUCUGGGUUUGUUAGCAGCUAAUCUGUGUUCCAGACAUCCCAAAAACAGUGUUUCCCCUCAGACAAGCCAUAAAGAUGUAGAUGAAACCUUCUUUCUACAUCGAAUUUCACAUGCCUUGUGGUGUUCCAGCUCCCUACUAUGGAUGAAAGCAGCCUGGAGCAGGCCAUCGAGACCUACACCGCUCAGCUUCAGCAGGUGGAGGCUGCACUGGCUUGUGGACUCAGCUCUUCCGAUCAGGCGGACCUGCUCAAGCUGAAAGAGGAUCUGGUCCAGCUGAUCGAGCUCACCGAGUCCAGCUUGAUAUCCAUCAAAAAGAGCCAACUGUUGGCGUCACUUGAGGAUACCACAACGCAAGAAACCGUAUCGAGCAACACCCAAGAAAAGCCAAACGAGGUCAACUUGGAAGAUGAGUUUACCGCCUUCUAUUCCGAGCUCUCCGAGGGUGCGAAUGAGGUAGCGCAAGACCCGAAACCAGAUGGGAAAGAAAAUGAGGAGGAGGAAGAAGACAUAAGUGGCACUAAAGUUCGAGCACCUUACUACACCUCUUGGGGGACACUUGAGUACCAUAAUGCUAUGGUUGUGUGCUCUGAGGAACCAGAUGGGGAUGAGGCUCAAGUUCGAGUGCUCUAUAUCCAUCCUACACACAAGUCCAUGAAGCCCUGCAAUUUCUUUCUGGAAGGCAAGUGCCGCUUCAUGGACAGCUGCAGGUACUCUCAUGGGGAGGUGGUGCACGUAUCAGAGCUGAGGGACUUUCUUGAAGCAGAUCUUACAAACAUGCAGCAGGGGUCCUCCUGUUUAGCCAAGCAUGAGGACGGCAUCUGGUAUCCUGCCAAAAUUACAGAAAUCGAUGGAGGCUUCUACACUGUGAAAUUUGACUCGUUGUUGCUGAAGGAAGCAGUCCUGGAGGCUGAUUGUCUCAUUCCUCCUUUGCGGCAGGACGAGAACUCUUCUUCCUCCUCUGAUUCAGAAGACGAUCUUGAACAAUGUGACGCAGGUUACGCCAAAGUUUUCAGUUCCAGUAAAGAGGAGGGAACAGUCCCAGUGAACAGUGCUGAGUUCUGCGGUUGGGAGGCUCACACACGUGGAAUUGGAUCCAAGCUCUUGUUAAAGAUGGGUUAUGAGUUAGGAAAAGGUUUGGGGAAAACGCUUUCAGGCCGUGUGGAGCCCGUGCAGGCCAUGGUGCUCCCGAAAGGCUGCUCACUGGACCAGUGUGCUGAGUUUACACAGCAAAAGACUCGGGCUGCAACCGCCAAAAACAAUCCGGCUUCAAGCAAACGGAAAAUGAAGAGAAAGCGGACUUCCACCUCGACCCGACCUGACGUAUUUGACUUUCUGAACUCUAAACUGGGAGAUUCUACUCGGUCUGCUCCGGCUCCUUCUUGCUCCAUCAAUGGCGUGGAUGCAUAUCAGGGAGGAAAGAGCACCAAGCGCUCACUUAACGUUCAACUCUUUCAGACCACUGAGAGGAUGAGCCAAGUGGAGAGAGAAAUCCAGCGGCUCACUGAUUCCCUGAACAGGAGAAAUGGAAGGGAUGCUGCAGUUAUUAGUCAUGUGCAAGAGAAGCUCUCGGCAUCUCGUAAGCUGCUGCAGCAGCUGAAGGCUCAGGAGCAGUCUAUCCAGAAGGCUCAGAAGAAAGCAGAUACGCAUAAGAAAAUGACUGAAUUUUGACGCAUGCCUUCUUGCAUAUGGGAGUGUAAAUAAUGACCUGUCGUCUUUGUACUGAUGUUAUUAGCGCUCGUGUUUACGCCGAAAGCCGUGAUUAAUUUGGAACUUUUGUUUUAGCAGAACAACUUCUUGUCAUAUUUUACAAAAUGGUAAAAUGCUUCAUGUAAUUUGUUCUGUACUUUUUAAAAACACACUUUUGUCCUUUUAUGUUCCACUUUUAUUUUGAGAAUAUUUCCUCGCGUCUGUAAAUUCUUUUCACCACUCGGGAAAUCAGUAAGAGAAAAGACGGUAGAUGAAUCACGAUCGUUGCUUUGAAUUAAAUUUUUGAACGUCUCCUGUGUUUUUGCUCAACAAAUUCAUUUGACGCACGUGAAUUAGCUGCAGCAGGAUUAACCAGAAUACAUGAUACUGGCAAAAUAUGGAGAAUAAAUGUAUUCUCAGUUUUAGGUGACGUGCUCCAGAGUCGUCCUCUGCUGUUGUGUAGAGCUCGACUGGCCAUUAUGCUCAGUUAAAGGGGAACAGAGGGCAAUGUAUAGAGUAAAUAUAACAAUAAAACACACAUUAACGAACCUUA